AUACCGUGCGCGGCUCCAAAAGCCUCUGAGACGCCUUUAUUUUACGAGAUAGGAAAAGAUACAGAGAUAUAUAUACUCCUAUAUAGAUAUAUAUCUCGUCACUCUCUUCAUUCCUUUGCCUAGAGAGAAACGCAAGCCACUCACUGCUCUCCGGUCUCCCUCCACUGCUGCCUUGACCAUCCACUUGGAAGACAGGGGGGAGCAGGGAGGGAUGGCGUGGAGGCCGCCAUGUCCAGGUGCCUGGAGCUGCUUGAUGUUCUUCCUCAGCUUGAUGCUCGCUGAGGCCGUCCAUGGCGUGGGGGCUCCCACAGCCGCUCCUCCGGCUCCGAGGCUCGCGCCAGCUGAAGUGCGUGUCCUCGGCCGGAUCGCGGCCACGCUCGGCGUGUCGCACUGGGACUUCGCCGCCGGUCCCUGCGACCACGGCGGCGGCUCCAGGGUGCACUGUGACUGCUCCUUCUCCAACGGUACCGUCUGCCAUGUCACCGAGAUAUUCUUGAAGGAGCAGAACUUCUCUGCUAAGCUCCCGCCUGACUUCGCCGACCUCCCCAACCUUCUCCAGCUAGAUCUAAGCAGGAACUUGUUCCAUGGUGGAGUGCCUGACCAGUGGGCCCGGAUGAAGAAGUUACAAGGACUGUCACUGAUGGCAAACAGAUUGUCAGGGCAAUUUCCCAUGGUUCUCACAAAGAUCACAAGCCUGACUAACCUGAGCAUUGAAGGCAAUGAAUUCCAUGGGCCAAUCCCUCCUGAAAUUGGAGGUCUCAUUCGAAUGGAGAAGCUAAUAUUAUCAGUCAAUGAGUUCACUGGGCCCCUUCCAACUGCUCUUUCAUUGUUCAGUAAUUUAACAGACUUGAGGAUUUCUAGCACUAAUUUUUCUGGAAGGCUGCCUGAUUUUGGGGGCAAAUUGAAAAGACUUGAAAAAUUGCAAAUUGGAGGAUCUUUGUUGGAAGGGCCUAUUCCCUCAAGUCUAUCUGAAUUGACAAACCUUUCUGAUCUGAGGAUUAGUGAUCUGAGAGGUAGUGGAUCAGCUUUCCCCGAUUUAAGUGUAAUGAAAUCCAUGAGAACAUUGGUACUUAGGAAAUGUUCCAUCAGUGGAAGCAUCCCAUCUUACAUUGGCUCGUGGACAACUCUUAAGCAUCUGGAUCUGAGCUUUAAUAAACUUAGUGGAGAAAUACCACCUUCUUUUGCUAACUUGCGAGGUGUAGAUUACAUAUAUCUAACGGGAAAUUCACUCUCUGGGAAUAUACCUGGAUGGUUAUUGAGAAGAAACAAGAUCACGGACAUAUCUUUUAAUAACUUCACAAUGGGGAGUUCAGGACCUAAUCAAUGCCUUCAAGGAAGUGUCAAUCUGGUGGAGAGCUAUUCACCUGAAAUGGACAGUCUAAAUAGUGUUCAGCCAUGCUUAAAGAGGAAUUUCCCAUGUGUUGCUUCGAAUGGACAAUAUCAAUAUUCACUGCAUAUCAAUUGUGGUGAUAAAGAAGCAAUUAUUAACGGAACCAAAUACGAAGCGGACACAACACCAAAAGGUGCUUCAUUGCUGUAUGUAAGCCCAGGGUCAAACUGGGCAUUUAGCAGCACUGGGAACUUUAUGGAUGACAACAUCACUGACGACAACUUCAUUGCAACAAGCAUAUCAAAAUUGGUCAUGCCCAAUUCAGAGUUGUACACCAAAGCCCGUCUUUCUCCUCUUUCGCUCACAUAUUAUGGGCUUUGCAUGUUCAGCGGGAGCUACACGGUUAAUCUCCACUUUGCUGAAAUUGUUUUCACAAAUGACAGCACAUAUUGUAGCCUUGGCAAAAGAAGAUUCAACGUGUUCAUACAGGGAAGAAUGGUGCUCGAGAAUUUCAAUAUUGAACAGCCCUCUGGUGCGGAUGGAAAGCCAGUUAUCAAGACUUUCCAAACAUACGUCACAAAUCAUACUCUAGAGAUUCAGUUCUAUUGGGCAGGAAGGGGGACAACAGGCAUUCCAUAUAGAGGUUCUUACGGUCCACUGAUAUCUGCAAUAACAGUAACUCCAAAUUUCCAGAUUCCGUUGGCUGUUGAACCUCCCAAAACUCGAGAUAGCAAAAGGAGUUCAAGGGUAUCCAUUGCUUUAGUGAUUGGAAUCCCUGUUAUAGCAAUAUUCACUGCUCUGAUUGUUGGCAUUUAUUGUAUUAAGAAGCGAAGAAAGAGUUUGAUGCAUAAAGAACUCAGAGCUCUUGACCUGCAAAUUGGCUCCUUCACUUUGCGUCAAAUCAAAGCGGCAACUAGGAACUUCGAUGCAGCUAACAAGAUUGGUGAAGGUGGUUUUGGUUCAGUUUACAAGGGUUUAUUAUCUGAUGGCACCAUCAUUGCUGUCAAGCAGUUAUCAUCAAGGUCUAAACAAGGGAAUCGGGAAUUCGUGAAUGAGAUAGGCAUGAUAUCUGCACUCCAGCAUCCUAACCUUGUCAAACUUUACGGUUGCUGUACAGAAGGAAACCAGCUCUCACUAGUUUACGAGUAUAUGGAAAACAAUUGCCUUGCACGAGCUCUUUUCGUUGAACAAUACAGACUGAGACUGGAUUGGCCAACAAGACACAAGAUUUGCCUUGGGAUAGCAAGAGGUCUAGCAUAUCUGCAUGAGGAGUCCGCAAUAAGGAUUGUGCACCGAGAUAUCAAGGCCAGCAACAUACUGCUUGACAAAGAUUUGAAUGCUAAGAUCUCAGAUUUUGGGCUAGCAAAACUUAAUGAAGAUGAUCACACCCACAUAAGCACAAAAGUAGCUGGAACAAUCGGAUACAUGGCUCCUGAGUAUGCUAUGCGUGGUUAUUUAACAGAUAAAGCUGAUGUAUACAGUUUUGGUGUUGUUGCCUUGGAAGUUGUCAGUGGAAAAAGUAACACAAACUACAGGCCAAAGGAAGACUUUGUUUAUCUUCUAGAUUGGGCUUGUGUUCUACAUGAGAGAGGAGCUCUUCUAGAAUUGGUAGAUUCAGAUCUAGGAUCCAAUUACUCAACAGAAGAGGCACUCCUGAUGUUGAAUGUUGCCCUGCUAUGCACAACUGCAGCACCUACACUCAGACCAAAGAUGUCGAAAGUUGUUAGCCUGCUUGAGGGCCACACCCCUCUUCAGCCCUUGCUGUCAGACCUCAGCCUUGCAGCAAGUAGCCUGAGCUCAAGUGGUGUACGCCGGAACUUCUGGCAAAACCUAAGUGAGAGCCAGAGCCUGACAGCAGAAGCUUCGUGCAAUGACACUAAUGAAUCAUCAGCCAUAGAUACAGAUGGUAGCCUGAGACCAUUGGUGAGUCAGAUGUAGUGGAUGUGCAUCAUAAACUAGGUGUACAUGUAAGACCUAGUAGGGAUAGGCCAGUAUAACUAUACCAAGUAUCAACACUGCAACAUAAAUAUCAAGUAGCAAUAAUGUAGUAUAUUGAUGUCUAAUCCUAGUAAGUGGUAAGUUAGAAGUAUUUUAGAAGUCUCUCCUUUAGAUUCAAUGGGAAUAUUAAGAUGAUGAUAUUGAUACAACACUGGAAGUUCCUUGUGUUCUGAGCUCUGGCCCUUCUUUUACUUCUAUUUCCAAAGGAAGAUUAUAAAUUUCUCAUUAAUUCU